CGAGAGAGACGAUUGGUCAUUGCAUGUCUCAUUCUCCCCGAGAAAAAAAAUAUAUAUAUACAGAUAAAAAUAAGAAAGCAAGGCCUAUCAGCAUCCCUUCAGACCCAUCCGUACCAAUAAGCUCAACGUAAUUUAAGCCUAAUCGUCAAAAUAAACUUGUUACACGUGUUGAACACCCGAAUACUCGUGUGAAUUCUCGACCUCCCCGUGUGUACCCAGGGUCUCUCGCCAGCACUCACACGUCGUCAUGGCAGGGUCUAAGGUGAUCGCGCUGGUAUGCGGCUUCAUCACAGCGUUCCUGACAGGGCCUGUUCAACCACUGCGUGGAGCCGGGCGCGCCCAAGCCGCUGCCCUUCCAGAUCAACGCCGACGCCGGGUGCCACAAAGCCAGGGAUGAACCCUACAUCAUGGCCAGCGCCGCCCUGUGUGUGAUCUGCCUCCUGCUGGACGUCCUCGCCACCUUCAUGACGGCUCUGGGUCUCAACAACAACGACCCCGCAGUCAAGACGCGCUACUACCGCAUCGCCGUCUGGGUCAUGACCCUUGCACUGAUCGCCAUCUUGGUCGCCCUCAUCCUCUACCCAGUAUUCUUCGUGCAGGAACUUGAGCUUGGAAACCGCACCCUGUGGGAGUUCGGGUGGGCCUACGGCGUGGGCUGGGGCGCGGCCAUCUUCCUGUUCGGCGCCGUCGUCCUCCUGCUGUGCGACCAGGAGGAGGAGGAGAUUUACUACAAGGAGCGCACCAUCAUCCACGCCGAGAAUGACUCCAGGGCCUAAAUCAUCUGACAUCGAAGAUGGAAGAGCUCCUUGCAGUGCUAUUUCUCAAAGGAAAAGAAACUGAAGAUCUCAGCUCUUGAAUCUGAUAGAUGCUGGUCAAACACUAGAUACUUUUGACUCCAACUAACAAAAUGGUGUUAAGCAAAAUGAAAAACACUCAGUGAUAAGAUGACAGACAAUGGAAAAGGAUAAUCACGGAUUUUUUCUCACUUUUUUUUUUUUUCUAAUCGUAGGCGAGGACCAGUGUCAAGAAUGAAUCCUGGAGAAAAAUUCCUUGAACUUAACCCCCACACCCAUGUUCCUCAUGUUACGAAUGAGCCUGUCCAUUUUCUGUUUGUCCUUGGAUUAUGUAAACUCAUGAGUGUUGUGGUGCCAUGGUGUAUGGCCAGUGUGCUGUUGUAUGUGUAUAUAUAUCCUGUAUGCCUCCUAUUUCUACUCCAGUCUUACUCCUUCUUGCAUGCACCUACUUUCCAAGCUUUAUAAUGUGAGAUCUUGAAGGAAUCAGUGGAUACACAUGUGGAACCUGUUUUAAACAAGUUCUAAAAGUGAGUGUGCAGCUUUCCUACUUGGCCUCUCAUGCUUUUGGGCUGGGUAAGAGGUAUCACAUAUUCCUGACCUUUUGAGCUGAUACCCCUCUUGGCUGUAGGUAACUUAAUGUUUGAAUGACCUACAACAGAGAAACAUUUCCUUGUACAAUGCCUACUUGGAUAGUGGAAUGAACCCACCUCUGUAUAAUGACUGUUAAUUGCUGACCAAAGAUCAGAUCAUUUUACCAUAAUGAAUAACUAAAGCCAUUGCAUUUGAACUUAAUUAGGAAUGGCAUUUACAUAUCUACCAUUAUAGGAACUCAGUCAUGAAAUGAUAUGAAAGAUUUUGAAGAAAAUUUUGUCUAUGGGUAUUUUAGUCUUUCUUUUUUCUAUAAAUCUGCUUUUUGCCUUCUAUUCCUGUUUGUUUGUGUUUUUACUUCCUCUUCAUACUGUUUCACUAUAGAUCUGCAUAUUCCUUAGAGCAGCAUCUGAAGAUCAUUGAAAGUUGUACAAUUUCUGUAGGACUUCAUAUUUCUACAUUCUGCGUUGUUUAAUCUUACAUGUUUUGUACAAGCAUUGGAUUUUUUUUCUUUAUCAUAGUUUCAGCAGCUGCAUUUACCUGCAUGUAUAUGACCCAGGAAACAAUAUUCAUAAUAUUUUGCUUGACCUUUGCACUUGUAUCAUGCUUUCAUGGGAGUUAUUAUUUCAUUUAUCAUUAUGUAUUAGUCAGAGUUAACCAUAGUCAUAGUUAAUUGGAGUUAUGAGAAGGAUGUCUGUUACUUAAUAUACAUUUGCAUAUUAUUGUCCUAAGGUCAAGCCUUUUUGUAAAUAAUUGAUACAGUUCCCCCUUCCCUUUUCAUUCUUUUAUCCUGUGUAAUUAUUAGCUGAGUCCUCCGAAAGCUAUUUGAUAACUAGCCCAGGUGCAGCUUCUAACAUAAUUUUGACGACUCCACAUAUUUGUUUUUUGUGGGUUUACCUCCCCACUGUUUGACAGUAGUGGAUGAUUCCAUGUAGCUUGCUUUAUUAUGCUCUUUAGCCAGCCAUCAGAAAACAAGGGCUCAAAGUACAACAACAGGGUAGAGUGAGCCAUUAAAAAUUAAUAGCAUUUUGUAAUUGUACUUCUGUCACUGGCUAAGAGUAAGAGCAAAGUAUGUGUAAGAAUUUCAGUGCGGGGAGGAGGCUUUGCAUAAUGACUUUAUAUUGGUAAGGAAAGAGGUAAUUAGGAAAAAGGAACUUGAAUUGGAUGUCAGAUAGGACAAUCAGUUUUCAUAUGUGCACAAAGUCCCCUGCUUAGCCUUACUUAUAAUCAAGGCCAGGUGAAUGGGAAUUGGCUUUUAUGAAAUUAAUGAAAUAACAUUUGAAUAUCCUUUUAAAGGAUGAUGUUCGCUGCAGAGGUAUAUAUAAAAACAAUGUUAAUUCCUUCCAUCUUAACUGUCCUCCAGUAUUUUCAGGUUGUUUUAUGUCAUGCACAUAUAGACUGGCAAUACUGAAUGUGACUAGUUCUAUUAUUAGUGAUAACCAUCAGUUGAUCCCAGCACUUCCCUCCUCCCUUUCAAGAUAGGUUAAAUUGCCCACAUCAUAUCAGUGUGUCUGAGGCUUCUAGUGCAGUCUUUGUACAUAGCGCGAAGUGCCAGUGAUUAUUGAACAUUGCUUAGGGUAUUUUUAAGGGAAUAAUAAGUAAAAUAAAAAAAACAUCUGUAACAAGAGCAUGGUUGUGAAAAUCCUUAGAUUUCUUUUUUAAUAAAUUUUUAUAGCGUAUAGUUUUCGGAUUUGAAAGGCUUACUCAACCGAAAUAAGGGAUAUCUCUUAGCAUGGAAUAGUAUAAGAAAAUCUUAAAGAAAAUGUCGUAAAGCAACGCAUUGCUCUAAAAUACAUUUUGAGGUUAGCAGUUCAUUAACUUUGGUAGUAGAAGCAGUUUUUUAUAAGCAUACAGAACUUAGGAUUACCAGUCAAAUCAUGGAAAGCUCGUUUUGUUGCAUUUACUGAGCCAAAAAGGCUUUAGGUAAUUACCAUGAAGGACUGUAGACCUGUUGAUGGAACUAGUCAUGUUAUUAUUUUUUCACACCAUUUUGCAGGAGCAAUUUUUAUAAUCUAAGAAUCCUGAACCACCACAUUGUUUUAUUUGGAUUUGGUAUUUUACGUUCCAUAUUCAGCAUCAGAACAUGUGUUUUCAUUACAUCUGAUGCUUAAUUUGAUUGUAUCUUUGUCUCUUUUUAUCACUUAAAGAUUUUGUUCUUUUGUUGCUCACCAUUAAACAGGAUAGCUUCUCAGACUUAAAUGUGGCCAUGUGUUCUCGCAUCACACUUUGUAUGUAUAAAUUAAUUCUCAAAUUUUGUUUGAAAUUUGCCAAGGGAAAAAAAAUACAUACAUACUGUAGCCUGUAUAACUUCUCCCUCCCCAUCCCCCUCUCCCUCCUCAACACCCCAAUCCCAUUUUGCUCCCUGUAGCAGCCCCCUGGAAGGAAGUACUUACAGGUUUUGUGGUCUGCUUUAAUCUGACAAUGGCUUGUGGGUAAUUAAGUAUAAAAAAAAGCAAUUUAGAAAAAGGCAAAGCUUUUGUACAAAAUAACAUUCUUAUUUCUUUUACAAGACCAACUGAUAAAUAAGAAUAAUGACAAGACAGGGUAGGACUCAAGGUUACCCCCACAUAGCUGGCCAUGCAUUCCCUUCCAAUAGAUAGAUAUGCAAAUGGCACUUCUUUCAGCCUGGUAAGCAGCUUCCUCCAACUAGCCCAACAGACUUUAGGGUGGCAAGAAGCUGGUCCUCUCGUAGCAAUAAAAACAGCUUGGCUUCAUAUCAAUAAGUAGCCAGUUUGUUUUCACUCCAAAACUGAGUUCCACCAAUUUGCUGGAUUGUUUUAAUGGUCUGUAAAUUCUAGAUUUUAUGUAAAAAUACAAAGUCUUUAAUAUAUUAUUGAUAUACA